UGGUUCAAAUAUCCAUAAAUAUCCAUAAAUAUCCAAAACAGCAAUUAGCCUGGAACACCUUGGGUAUUUUUUCCAGCAAACUCAAUCCCAGCACCAUCAACUCCCCUCCGAGAGAGAGGGAGAGAUAAAAGAGAAAACAAGAGGGAGAAGAGAGAGACUUCCAUUCUUUUCAUCUCAUCAAGUUUUUUUUUUUCAUACACAAACUAUGCAGCUCUAAUUUCUCUCUUUUAUAUCUCUUCUUUUCCUGCUUUUCCCCAGUUCCAACCAACCUCAUCCUUAAGAACUCCAUCCCCAUCCCCCCUUUUAUUCCUCCUCUCCUCCAUCUUCUCAUCACCCUGAUCACCUUUUUUCCCGUUUUAACGCCACAACCAAUGGAAAACCACCAAAAAAAUCCCCAACGAAGAGAACACCCAUCAUCCCAUCCCACCUCCCCAAACACCACCUCAAGCAGCAGCAGCAGCAGCAGCAAUGGAGCUGCAUCCACAGCUAAAGCAGCAGCAGCGGCGGCGGCGGCGGCGGCGGCGCAGGUUGCAUCUCCUCCAACUCUACAGCCCCCAACGCCGAAAUCGAUCCCGAGAUCCAUCGAAUCCAACCCGUACCCAACCACCUUCAUCCAGGCCGACACCUCGUCCUUCAAGCAGGUCGUCCAGAUGCUCACCGGCUCAGCCGAGACCGCCUCCAAGCACGCCGCCGCCAACCCCAGCCCCCCGCCACCCAAGAACCCGAUCCCGCCAGCCGCCAAGGCCACCGGCCCCAAGAAACCGGCUUUCAAGCUCUACGAACGCCGCAGCGGCCUCAAGAAUCUCAAAAUGAUAAGCCCGCUCAUCCCCACCUUCCUCAAUUCCACCCCCAUCUCGCCGGCCGCCGCCGGCGGCGCCGCCGCCUUCUCCCCCCGGAAGCAGCCGGAGAUCCUCUCGCCGAGCAUGCUGGAUCUUCCCUCCCUGGCCCUCAGCCCGGUCACGCCGCUGAUCCCGGAUCCCUUCAACCGGUCGCCGCACCCGAACUCGACGCCGUCCCCGGCUAUGUCCGCCGAGGAGCGGGCGAUCGCCGAGAAGGGGUUCUACUUGCACCCGUCGCCGAGGACCACGCCGAGGGACGCCGAGCCGCCCCGGCUGCUGCCGCUCUUCCCGGUGACGUCGCCUCGAGUCUCCUCCUCCUCGGCUUCCUCUCCAUGAGAUCGCUGGAUCCUUGUUGAGAAUAUUUAUGAUAUCUUGGUGCAAUUCGAAUUUUAUCUGUUCUUUCUUUUUCUGGAGAGAGAGAGAGAGAGUUGGGGCUGUCUAUACGAUUUGGUCUCUCUUUCUUCCUCUCUCUGAUUCACUCCUCUGGUAUUCUCUCUGUGAUGCAAACCAACCAGCAUGGUCUCAGAAGAGAAUCUCUUGGGUAUCUUUCAGUCUGAUAUCAUAUUUCCUUUAGCUAUGGACUCAAUGAGAAAUUUUACUUUCUUAUUUCUCUA